AUGUCAACAACACUUACAAGCUUGCGAAGAAGUUACAAUGAACACAAAGGAUCUCUCUAUUUCUGGGAUUGGGAUGAACGAAGAGGAUAUACCAUUGAACAAGAUCAACUUGUUGAAGAUUUCGAAUCCAUUACAAACGAUUCAGAUGAGAAGAUCAUUCAAGUUACCAUCUACAAAACGCCGUUAAGUACUUGGCAGCUAACGCAAGCGGUUCUGUAUCACGCAUUCGUGGUACUUGAAACGGAAAACUGGUAUUAUUCAUUGGAAAUAUCGGAGAAGUGCGUUACAAUGCAGCGGUCAAAAUCCAAGGAAGACGUCCGCGAUUCUUAUCCUCGCGAAAGACUUCGAAAUGUUCUUCGUGGGGAUACACCGGAACGCAUCAGGAGAGCCAAGGGCAAAAAGACAAUGAGCGAAGUGAUGAAAUACAUCGUAGACAAUGAAAUACUCGACCGAAACUACGAAGUGCUCGUAGACGAUGGUCAGAACUGUCAAACCUUCGCUAAUAGUAUCUUCCGUCACUUCACCAAACUCUAA